UUUCAGUCUUAGUGUCUUGGAACACUUACUGCAAUUUAGGACUAAAUUAUACUCACUGUUUAUUUGAGGCAAGAUUAUUGCUGUAAACAAAACACUUGACGGACAAAUUCUGCUGCUCUGAAUAUACUCUGAUAUUAAUCUACUGUAUAUUCCCUAACAUUACUAGCGGCAUCUGCAUCUCUCUGUUCUGGUAAAAAAUAAACAGAACUGAGAAAAUGAAGAUAAAGUUAUCCUGUACCAUCUGGAUUUCGUUUUAUUUAUUAAGUAUUACAAAGAUUAAAUGCCAGGUUCUGGAUCUGAACAUGAUGACCAACUCGUUUGAUGACCAGUACAUUGGCUGUUCAGAGAUAUUGGAGAAGGACAUUAUGCCAGAUAUACUUAAGAAAGAAAAAUCUAAUGAACAGUUUUUAGCAGCUUGGGAUACAGCAGCAGAUGAGUGGAGUGAUAUAAAGGAAGAUAUUAAUCUCCCUGAUGAUUUUAGUGAUGAGUAUGGAAUAGCCAUAAUAGUUUAUACCAUGGAAGAACCAGUACAAAUUUAUAGACAAUUUAAUGGUAAUUUGAGUAUAGCUGGGAAGUCAAGAGACUUUUACAUGAAAAACUUUCAUUUCAAAGCACUUCACUUCUAUCUGACAAGAGCUUUGCAAAAACUGGCCCCUGAGUGUAAAGAAUUCUACAGGACGUACAGGGGUACGUCCCUGUUAUAUAACGAGGUCUCACAAGUUCUUCGUUUUGGACACUUUGCGUCUUCAUCUUCUAACAAAACCAUAGCAGAAGGGUUUGGAACACACACUGUUUUUGAAAUAUUGACUUGCCUUGGAGUGUACAUUGAGGAAUUUUCAUUUUAUGAAGAGCAGGAAAUGCUUAUUCCUGUUACAGAACUGUUUGAAAAUGUUGGAAAAGAGGGAAACACCUAUUUUCUCAACAGUACAGGUCAGCAGUGCAGUUACUUCAACUGUGCUUUUUUGGGAGGGGAGAAGAGGGAAGAUCCCAUCUGUACCUCUGCAUUUAUCAAAAAGGCUUCUGAUUCGGGGAACAUCCUCUUUCCCAGCUUCUUCAGUUUUUCUUUCUGGACAUAUAUAAUAUAUUUGUUAUUUUUAAAGCUGUACAUUUAAAAGUUAUUUAUUGGCAAUAAUAUGUAAAAUUAUACCAUUAUAUUCACAACCAUUUUAUGCUCUGUGUGAGGUGCACCAGUGACAGGAGGGGUGCUGUGAUUUUUCUGUGAAUGUGACAUAGAAGACAAUGUUCUUUUUAUUUUUAAAUAUAUCUAUACCUAUAUAUCCCUAUGAAUAUAUACAUAUAUAUACAUGUAA